AGGAGAGUGACAGAGCGCUACGGUUAUUUCUCCCAGGCUCCGGUCAUGCCUGUGUGGUCGAUGGGGCAGGGAUGUCCUCUCAAACACUAUCGCUAAGAAAAUGGAUGUCUUGAACGGACCCGCGAUCCGGGCUGAAUCCUCCUCAUCGGCCGACUGUAUUUCACUGUGUGACUGUGUGUGUUUACAGGUUCACUGCGAACAACGUGACGCGCCAGCUCUGCACCAGCCGGGUCCAGGGGAGCUGCAGUUGAAGGGCUGAGGAACUGGAGAUUUGACUGGCAGCUGGUACACACUUAAAGAAGGGGUCGACGAGCCUGGCUAGCGCUGGGUGAAUGCUGCCUGGCGAGGACAGGGGCUGAGGAGGCGGCGGCAGCAGCAUCAUCUUGAUAAGCAGCAUGGCAUCCACAGGCAUGCAGAUAUUUGGAUUUGUCCUCGCUCUGUUGGGCAUCAUGGGUGCUAUGGUUGCCACUCUGCUGCCCAACUGGAAGGUCAGCGCAGAUGUGGGCUCCAACAUUAUCACAGCCAUUUCCCAGAUGCAGGGUCUAUGGAUGGACUGCACAUGGUAUAGCACUGGCAUGUUCAGCUGCACACUUAAGUACUCUGUGCUUUCACUACCUGCAUACUUGCAGACUGCCCGCACCACUAUGGUGCUCUGCUGCGUGAUGGCUGCCAUGGGCCUCUGCCUUGCAUCCCUGGGACUAAAAUGCACACGUUGGGGAGGUGGACGGCGCUCCAAGCGGCACGCUGCGAUUGCCAGUGGUGGCUGCUUUGUCGCUGCAGGUUUUCUGUGUCUGGUGCCUGCUUCCUGGUUUACCAACGAGGUCAUCACCAAUUUCCUAGACUCCAGUGUGCCCGAGAGCAAUAAGUUUGAGCCUGGGGGUGCUGUGUACGUGGCCUUUGUUUCAGCAGGAUUCCUUUUUGUUGGUGGGUCCAUCUUCUGUAUGUCCUGUUCGGGGAAGAGGCAUGGCCCCCAGGACAUGGUCCUGCUCCCUCCCCCUGACAAACUGCUGCUCCAGCAGCAGCAGCAACAGCUGCUCCAGCAGGAGCUCCAGCACCAGUACUGCUCUCUCUCACCAUUAGACAAUAAGACCGGCUACAGCCUGCAGGACUAUGUGUAAUAAAGCAGCGCUGUGUACGCUACGGCAAAGGGAGACGACCCUGAGGGGGAUCCAUCACGGCUUAUGCUACACAUUAAGGCUCCUCUCCAAAAGGAGGUGGAGAAAAAAUGAGAGAGGAUGGCAACAACUUUGAAUUCAUUUUCCCCUCUCCUCUAUCUUGCUCUUCUCCCUUAUUUUGUUUUGCAAGCACAAGCAGUGGAGGUAUUCCCUAAGCAGCACCUUGAAACAAACAGUGUGAAUGUGUAAGGAGCCAGGAGAAGGUGCUGCAGUAUCGAAGGAAGCCGCUAACCAAAUGCAGACAUCUCUCAUCAGUAAAUCACAGAAAGAGGUCCCUCGAGGAUGGAUUAAGCAAAUAAGGAAGCCUUCCAUGUCGAUUUUCUUCCCUUGCCAAAGGUUUGAAAUUAAAGAAAAAAGCAAUCAUUUAGCUGCUAUUUACAAUCGUCUGGUACCCUCAUCAUUUUCCUAAUAGGCAUAAUAAUGCCUGAGAAAUGUUUUCAUAGCAAGCCAUUGUAGAUUUUCGUAUACUUAUCCACUAGAAUGCUACGAGGAAUCGAUUGAAAUAAAUAGUCAUAUUUUUGUUAGCUACUAGAAUGAUGUUGAUAUUUUGCCUCUCAAGCAUGCUGUGUGGAGCCUGUCUGUGUAUUAAUACAGCAGCAUGCCUGGUAGAAGACUGAGACAGCCACAAAAUGCCUGUGCCUGAAAAGCUGUAGAAACAUUACCCUGCUGUAACUGUUCAAAGAGGACUGUCAAGGAGGAGAUGUGGACUGCUGGGCUGGAUUUCAGACAGAAAAUGCAGACUAACAGUUGCCAGUUUCUCUCUGCGGGUGACAAUAUGAGAGAGACGGAGAGAAAUUGAACGAAAGAGAUACAACCUUUAAGCAGAGUGGAUUAUCUGGUUUAAUAUUUACAUCAAGACAAACACAUAUUGCCUGUAAGUAGCAGCUACCGAUCAUUCCCCAUUCCUGCAAGCCCUCAUAGACAUGCACACCCACACACUUACUCUCUCUCGUGUGUGUUUUUGUACACAGUAAACACUCAGACACGCUGGCUUUCUGCAUGUGCUUUUCACUCCUGUCAUCCUCCCCCGCACUGCCAUGGAAACAGAAAUUCAGCAUUGAAAUAUCUGUAUUGUCCGGGGGUACGUGCAUGUCAGUCAUUGAUUUGGAGUUGUUUACGGGGGCAUCUUUCACUCGAGGCAUGGCUCCAAAAGCUUUAAAUCAGAGCCUUAGCUCACACUACUUUCACUAAUCCCCUUUAUUAGUCAGUGACAUGAGGCAGCAUCCCUUUUACACGGUCACAGGUUUUGGAAAAUGCUGCUGCGGUGUCUAUACCAUGCGAGCAGUCUCACAGGGAUGAGCGGAUGUUUAAUGGUGCAUCGGCAGGCAGUCGAGGAGGAGGCAGAAAAGCAGAAUCUUCUUGAGACAAGGUCUGCUGGGUAGCUGUGUGGCAGGCAGCUUUAAAAAAGGUUUGAGUCAUUCUCCAUAUGUGACUUGUUUUCCAAGUGCGUCAGCAGUUAGCAUGUGCUACAAGUAUGCACCUGCAGAGGGUCUCAGUGUCUUAAAUUGACACCACUUGAUUGAGCCACCCUUGCUCUCUUUCCUACCUGUCACCCUUGCAUUUUCCCCCUCACUCCCUUUGUACUGUCUGUGUCACAUGUCACAUGAAUGUGAACGCUGACAAGAGAAAGCUGAUGCAUGAUACAAGCAUGGCCACCCCCAAUACACACGCGCUCAUCACCAAAUCUCCCACCUACUCAUAUGUCAGUAGCACUGUUAUGCUUUCAGACAGUAAUGUGUGCGUCUGCUGAGGGAGGGAUAUAGGAAGUUUUCCUGCUAGCGACAGGCCUUGGCAGUGAUGUAAAGAACAGCACAUUCUCUCCUUCUCUCUCAUGAACAUGCAGCUUCCUGGGGGGGAGCAGAUGGCUAAGCCCAGCUCGCCACCUGCAGGCUGCUGCCGGCACGCCACGGGCAUCUCUGUGGGCACCACUCUAGGGCCAGGUUUUUCUACCCCACCCUGACUUAGCCAUCUUGCCCAGCAUCGACCAUAGCCGACAGAACUGGCCUCCUUACAAUAACUCACUGCCCAGGCACCAUAACCAAUGCAAUAAACAAAGAAGAAUGUGCCAUGUCAUCGACUUAUACCGACACAUGUGUUUUGAGAAUGUGCCAAAUCGUUUCAUGAUGACACGUUUUAAUACUAUCUGAAGUUCUUUGGGUUUAUUUUUUAUUGCGUUGUUUGUACAUGAAUUAUACAUCAGCAAAUGUUUUAUGGAUUUGUGAUUUGUUCUGCCAGACUAAGUCUCAAGUCGACUAGAUGCUCGUGUACAGUCCAGUGCAGCUUUCGAGGGUUAUUUUAAAUCCUCCUCAUUUCCCAAAGCACAGCAAGACUUCCCCGGGAUAAGAGUUUCAUUGGAAAGACACAAGUGUGGUAUUUUCUAUAUAUAUUUUUUAUUUGUUUCAGGAUUUCUGGUUUUACUGUAAGUCUGUGACAACUGUACACAAGUAUCUGGGCUUUCGAUGUGUUUGUUUAAACUGAGGGAUCAGGAUUCUCUCAGAUUGUUUCAAUAUAAAAUACAAUGUCAUGCUCAUACCAUAUCUUCUUUAUAAGAAGUCUCCUUGAUGCACCUUUGCUUGUGUUACUUUAUUCAACAGCAGUUUGUUUCAAACAGCUGAGCAUUCCAAUAUCCCUGGACCAGUACAACCACAUAACACUUCUGGCACUCUGGAAAACAAAAGGGAACUAUUUCUGUCUGGAUUCAGAAAGAAAAUAGAAGCUAUAGAUUUCUCUUUUUUGUGACUGUGCAGCUUGAUCAUCAGCACGUGAUUCCAUUAGCUUAUAAAUGGCCAGAGUGCAAGGUGACUAGGUCCUAAAAGUUCAAAAGAGUUAACACUCUCCUGUGUAUACUGUACCAAGACAUUGGUUUAUCAUUUUGAUAACUGCAGCUUAUUUUUGUGGAUGCUUUAGCACUUCUUACUUUGCCAGAGCAUAUUUGUGAUGAUUAACAGUUCACAGGUUCUGAUACAGUUGUCUCAAUGUGCUUGUGCAAGUAGU